AGAGGCAGGAAGCAUGACAGCAACAUUUCCACUAUUGCAAACAAAACAGACAGGAAGAAAUGGACCAAGCAGACAGCCUGUCUUGAAAAGAGUCCAGUUCAAUGUGCUGCAGUGUUCUCAGUUUGGAUGUGAACUACUUUUCUUUUCGUUAGUAUAAUGGCGUUCAAUGAGACAAAUCCAUUUCUGGAUAUACUAAAAUCAUUUAACAUUGGGAACCUAGUCCUAGCCUUCUGUCUGUCCAUGUUGUUGGGCCUCCUGAUUGGAGCGCUGAUCUACAUCCUCCUAACAUGGCUGUCGAGACGCAGGGCAUCCACCCGCAUUACCAGGCGUCCCAAACAGCAGCACCGCUCAGCCACCUCCCAGCGCUCACACAACCCCAUAGCCAACUGCCAAGGCCUCUACCGGAGCACAGUGUUCGACCGGCACAGCGACAACAGCCUCGGAAGAGGUAUUCUGAGCCUAUAUAGACAACCAUCGGUGGAGCCGGUUGGCCCACUGGGGAAGAAGACCAGCUCAGGAUCAUCCACCUUCCGACCAGUGCCCAAGGGCAGCAGGAUGGGUCAAGGUGACGGGGCUGAGGGUGACACUAACAACCAGGAUACUUUGCCUCUUCAUGACACUACUGCCAACAAUUCAUCAGCAGUAGAUACUGCCUCCCUCAUGCCAAAUCAACCCCAACGGAAUUCUUUUUGGUUGGGAAACAGCAGUCUUAAAGGGUUCCUGCCCACACAGACUCCUCCUCCCACAUAUGACAGUGUCAUCAAUGCCUUUCAAGAGACAUGCACCUGAUGAUGUCACCAUAUGCUGCCUGGGAUACAUAGGUUGACUGGUUACUACAGUAUAGGCUUUACUACUGGGGGCCUUUGGAAGAGAUAGGGGCUCUGUCUUAUGGAGAACUGUUCAGUUUUGAGUAAGGUGACCUUUGGUCCUUCUUUGGGCCAUCGUCCAACCUGCCUUCUAUUCAGUCUACUAUCUAAGAAAUCUAAAUAAAUAGAUUGUGCUCUGACUGACCAUAGGUUAUGUUUAUGUUGAAGAAUGGUGUGUAUCCCAAUGGAAUCUAUAUAAAAGAAGAUGAAGGUUCGAGAGGAUUGUCUAUUAUGGCCCACGUUUCUGUGAUAUGUUGAUAAAGUUGUUAAUAAAGUUGUAAUUAUUAUUCAGUCUUAUGUGAUCUAUCUACAUGUUAUACAUCUGAACAUUUCUGUGAUAUGUCUGUAGAGAAGAGGUAUGAUUUUCCAUAAAAGCAAAAAAAGAAACGCACCUUUUUCAGGACCCUGUCUUUUUCAGGCAUGCUGCAAGGGGGCAUGAGGACUGCAGAUGUGGCCAGGGCAAUAAAUUGCAAUGUGAGACGCCUAAGACAGCUCUACAGGGAGACAGGAUGGACAGCUGAUCGUCCUCACAGUGGCAGACCACGUGUAACAACACCUGCACACGAUCGGUACAUCCGAACAUCACACCUGUGGGACAGGUACAGGAUGGCAACAACAACUGCCCGAGUUACAUCAGGAAUGCACAAUCCCUCAAUCAGUGCUCAGACUGUCCGCUGAUUACGUUCAGUCUAAGAGGCUGGACUGGGGGCUUGUAGGCCUGUUGUAAGGCAGGUCCUCACCCCACAUCACCGGCAACAACGUUGCCUAUGGGCACAAACCCACCGUCGCUGGACCAGACAGAACCUGUUGGAUCGGAGGGUGAGUGCUCGGGCCAAUCCCCCCAGAAAUGUCUGGGAACUUGCAGGUGCCUUGGUGGAAGAGUGGAGUAACAUCUUGCAGCAAGAACUGGCAAACCUGGUGCAGUCCAUGAGGAAGAGAUGCACUGCGGUACUUAAUGGAGCUGGUGGCCACACCAGAUACUGACUGUUACUUUUGAUUUUGACCCCCCCCAUUGCUCAGGGACACAUUUUUCCACUUCUGUUAGUCACAUGUCUGUGGAACUUGUUCAGUUUAUGUCUCAGUUGCUGAAUCCUGUUAUGUUCAUACAAAUAUUUACACAUGUUAAGUUUGCAGAAAAUAAAUG